AAGAAUAGCAAAUAGCCAUGACGCCACUUCCUGUCUGUUAGUUUUGCGGGAAGUUUGGUAAUAGUUUACAUUCACGCAACGAAGAGAAGAUGCCUCCGAAAGCCAAGGGACAGGGGAAAGGCCGAGGUCCGGCUAAGAGGAAGCUGGCAGAGGAGUUCCCCCCAGGAGAAGUGCUGACUGACACCGGGAAAAGGGCCUGGAAGCUGGGAGCUCCCAUCGGUCAGGGAGGCUUUGGGCUCAUAUAUUCAGCUGAUGAAAAUUCUGCAAAAGCUGUAGGGCCUGGUGCUCCAUAUGUCAUCAAAGUGGAGCCCAGUGACAACGGACCACUGUUCUCUGAACUGAAAUUUUACAUGAGAGCUGCCAAGCCUGAGCUAAUUCAGAACUGGAUGAAGUCUCACACCAUGAAGUAUCUGGGUGUUCCAAAGUACUGGGGCUCUGGUCUGUAUGAGAAGGGAGGGAAAAGGUACAGGUUCAUGGUUAUGGAUAGGUGUGGCACAGACCUGCAGAAGAAGUUUGAGGAGAGCGGGAAGCGGUUCCCCAGAAAGCUGGUCCUGCAGCUUGGCCUCCGUCUGUUGGAUAUUCUGGAGUACAUCCAUGAACAUGAAUAUGUGCAUGCUGAUAUUAAAGCUUCCAACCUCCUCUUGAGCCACAGCGAUCCCAACCAGGUUUGCUUAGUAGAUUAUGGGCUGGCAUAUAGGUAUUCACCUGAGGGCGUCCUGAAGGAGUACAAGGAGGACCCCAAGAGAUGCCACGAUGGCACCAUUGAGUUCACCAGCAUUGAUGCCCACAAAGGAGUAGCUCCAUGUAGGCGAGGGGACCUGGAGAUCCUGUCCUACUGCAUGGUUCAGUGGCUGUGUGGUCGUCUGCCCUGGGAAGACAAUCUUCAGGACCCCCUCUACGUCAGAGACUCCAAAAUCAGGUGUCAAGAAAACAUCUCUGAGUUCAUGUCCAAGUGUUUCUCCUCUCAAGAUAAGCCAGAUGAGAUUCAGACGUUCAUGGAGGAAGUUAAAACUCUGGGCUACCAAGACAAGCCACCGUAUGAGAAGCUGCGCUCCAUCCUUCAGGCCGGCCUGAAAGCCAUCCACGCCAAAGAUGACGGCAAGCUGGAGUUUUACGCUCCACUGAACGGAGAUGGACCGAGCCCUAGCAGGAAGACAACCAAGAGAAAGAAAGAAUCAGUUGACGAGGAAGGGGCUGGGGACACUGACAGAAGCCCCGUGAAGAAAAGGCGAGCCACGAAGAAGAAAGAAGUGAAUGGAGUGAAGAAAAGCCCUAAAAAGACCCCUCGACCAAGGAAGGUGGCCAGCCGUGUAAAACAUGGUGACCCCAAGCCCAGGCUGGUGGAGAUGAGCACCCAGACCUCUCCUGGCCUUAACGAGAAAUCCAGGGGCAGACCCAAGAAAACUAAAGCCUAGCUCUCUUCACUCUUUGCCCCCGUCCUUAAAAUUCUCACCUGUGUGCUUUUAAAUAAUAGCCUUUUUUAGGUUUUGUACAGUAUGGUUUUGUAUCUGCUCUGCACUGCUCAGAUUGUUGAUUCUAAUUUUGUUGGUGUGGCUGAGGUCAAAUCCAUUGUAAUAAAGAAGAAAUUAAAUGGUCAA